AUGUCAUCAGCAAUUAGGGGGAGUGAUCCGUCCUGGAAUGGGAUUGUUCGUCGGAUGGUUAACCUCCCUCGUAGCAUUCUAGGAGGGUUUUCGAGAGUAAUGGGGCACGGUAUAGGUCGAAUAGGAUUGGGAGGGAGAAGAAAUCAGUUCAUUCCAUCAAACUUACAAUUACAAAAUCCACAAGAGCCCUUACUUGUGCAAGAAGAAUGGGCUUUUCUAGCCAAUUUUGAGCAACAAUAUGGAACCACACAUCCUUUCUUCUACGCUUGUCGAUUCAUGGAAGCGCUGAAGAUAGCAGAAGAUGAUCAUAAGUUUAUGUUCGUGUACCUCCACUCCCCGCAAUACCCUUUCACACCUUCUUUCUGUAAGGACACUCUGUGUUCAGAGCUAGUGGUUCAGUUUCUUGAUGCAAAUUUUAUAUCCUGGGGUGGACUUGCUGAUAGGGGAGAGGGUUUACAAAUGGCUGCAACUUUGCAGCCUGCGAGCUUCCCGUUUUGUGCAGUCGUUGCGCCUGCACCAGGCAAUAGCAUGCUAGUGCUGCAACAGAUGGAAGGACCUAUUUCACCAGCAGAGUUUCUGGGGAUUCUGCAAAGGACAUUGGAGGACAAAGGGUUGGCAUUUGGAAAUGGAAAGGCCAAAGUAGAUGAGGAAAUGAUAAGAGCGAGAGCGAAGGAGGAGGCGAAAAUAAGAGCAGACCGUCAGUUGAGGGAAGAACAAGAUGCAGCUUAUCUUGCAGCUCUAGCAAUUGACAAGGAGAAGGAAAGACUCAAAAAACCCACAUCAAAGCAAGCCUCAAAGACUGCAAAUCAUGAGAAGCUUAGGCACAAUUCUGUUCCAGAACAGAAUGGUAAAGCAAAAGAAGCUGCCAUUAGAAGAGAAACUAUUCAGGAUCCUCAAGCUACUGCACAGAUAUUGGUACGGUUUCCGAAUGGAGAAAGACUAGAGCAUAGCUUCUUGUGCACAGAUAAGGUCCAGUCAAUUUACAGAUACAUUGAUUCACUGGGAUUACCUGGAAUUGGAAACUACAGAUUGAUAUCAAGCUUCCCCAGAAGAGUAUAUGGUGUUGAUCAGAUGGGUAUGACUCUCAAGGAUGCUGGUCUACAUCCCAGAGCAAGCCUCUUCUUAGAGCCUCAAUGAGAACAUUUUAUUUUGACUGGCAAACAGGAAUGCAUCAUCAGAACAUAGGAAAAGAAAUGAUCUUCAUAUGCUAUAUAGAACCUUUCCCCCCCUCCCCUUCAUGAUUUGUACUUUAAGAGUGUGUUUG